GUUUCAUUCAGAGAGAGAAAUUGAAGUGAAUUAACAAGAACAACCUCAAAAAUGCCCUCCAAACGAAUGAAUACAUACUUCAAGGAUAAAAUCAUGGCAAUUGUUACCGUUUUGGCCAUUAUUUUGGCCUUACUGGGUAUUUUGUUGGAUUUCUGGUGGGAGAUGGAUGUAAAUUCAACAACAACCAUAAACCUUGGGCUAUGGGCCAGUGUCACAUGCGGUCAAACGUCCAUUGGAGUGACCGGUGUGUCGACAUAUGCGUGCUUCCAGGAGGAUGCCGAUAACAAUGGCUGGAUAAAAUUUAUCCGCAUUAUCUGUUCCUUUUCGACAACCCUCCUUUUCGUGGGCCUAGUGAUACAGAUAAUCUACCUCUGGAAGAAAAGUCCUACAGCCAAGAAAUUCGCCGUGGUCGUAAUGUUUAUUGCUGGUCUUUUGUUUUUCAUUGCCUCAUGUGUGACAAUGGACCGCAUUAAGAACUUGUCAAUCGGCUUCUCUGCCAUUUUCUCCUACCCUAACAAGGACCAGAUACUUCGUCCCCACACUCUACCAGUCAUGUUUUUGUCCUUCACCUUUGUGUUGUCAAAAAUCGUUGCUGUUGGACUGAUAAUAAACAUGGACUUUAAACCCCCUCCACCAAAGGAUCCCUUCCUGGAGCGUUCAACUAGCGUGCAGGCUAGAGCGAUCACCUCGGUUUAGCUGUGGGGACAAUAUGAUAUUGUUUACUUAAUCCUUGCAUUAUAUCAUCGCUCUUCCAAAAUUCAGUAUAUGUGCCUGACAAAUAAUUGCCAUGUACACUGAUUCAUCUUCAAAUAUUGAAUGACAAUUUAAGAGUAAAUAAAUUCUGAAAUAAG